AUGACACCCUCGGCAUCGGAGAGGUUCUUCGGAAUCAACGAACUAGUAAUGCAGCUUGGACCACUCCUCAACCAAAACACAUUGGCAAAACUGAUGCGGACGAGCAAGCGGCUGAACGAGAUCUUUACACCCUACUUCUUCCACGAACUCGACUUUUUCGACGAACCUUCCCGUGACUUUCGGCUACUCCGGGCAACAACACCCAUUGAGGCUUUGAGGAAGGCCGUCACCCAUGUCCGCGAACUGGCAACGGGACCUCUCUUUACUGGAUACUACUAUCAAUGCCUACUCUUGCACCAGGAAGAGAUAAACGCCAAACGUGCCUUCGCCACCUACCAACCAGCCUGGAUGCCGCCCCUCGACCUUUCCAACAGCCAUAUUGUCUCCCUCCCGCCUCUGACCAACCUCACAGAGUUCAAUUGCUUUUCUCGGCCAGGAUUUUCCGACAGUCAUCAUCGGUGUUAUGUCAAAGGGUUUCGGCAAGGUGGCGUCCCACUGGCACAGGUUCUCUGGAUCAUCAAUUGCUGUCCUUCCCUCGUCGAUCUUGGUAUGGAGGUCUUUGUGACGACGCAGCAGGAUGUCUUGGUGCUCGCUUCCGUCAUCUCCAAGAUCCCACGACUUCGGCGGCUAGAAUUGAGCAUCCAGAGGAUGGAGUCGCUUUUCCCCACCUUGGGCUCAACACUCUUUUUCAAGGUUCCAUUAACAGUCGACGAACUCAGUAUCCACUACGACGACUUUGCGGAUGAAGACGACAGCGACUACGACGAAUAUUUCGGAAUCGAGCAGGAUCCUGGAAGUGGCACCAACUCAGAAGAAAAACCAGAGCGAGGAGGAGAACACAAGCGGGGACCGACCUCGACCUUGACGUAUGCGGAGCUCCAGGAUGUUUUGACUAGGAGAGAGCAACCACUAUCCAACCUCACACGGCUGACAAUACAAGCAAUUCGAUACAGCACACUCGCCGACGUUUUGGAUAUCUUUAACCACUGUCCCAAUAUCACCUCGCUCUCUGUUCCGGGCCUUCCGGACCAUGUCGACACGGAUGAGGUCGGCCGACACAUUGCCAAGGUCUGCACUAAACUUCGCAAGCUCGCCCACACGUGUGUCCUUUUUGAUGGACGACUGGUUAUGUCGAUCAUGGGUGCAAUACCGGAGCAACAACUGGAGUGUCUCACUUACUUUCGCCUCGACAAGGAAUCGGCCACAGCCGCAGCGUUGAUUUUGCGACACUCGACAAGUCUUCGGACCAUCCGAUUCGACCAGUGUCACUAUUUCAGCAGCAAGGCGAUUCAGUCGAUCUUGGUCGGAUGUCAGGGUCUAGAGGUCCUGACGUUCCGCUACAGUGAUCAGAAGAGCAUUUCUCUGGACCUUAAGGAUGCAGUCGAGUUCAGGUGGGGCGCGACCAGAUUGAAGACGCUGCAACUGGUGAUUGAUAUUGGCGACAUGUCGUCAUUGCUAGGCGAGGACCCUUACUACAAGCGAACAGCACCUAUUACUUUCAGCGACGAGGAGAUAAUCCAAGUGACGAUGCUCGAACGGUUCUACACUCAACUCGGCGAACUCGUACAGCUGGAAAAAUUGGAUCUAGGGGCUCAUGUCCAACGCUUCCCACGCGUAAUUGAUCCCAGAAAAACCUCUAUCUACAGGCGCGUGACGUUUCCUGGGUUGAUGUCGCUGGGUGACCCAUCAACGGGAAGGCCAGGGUUCCUGCAUCGUUUGGGAGGGCUGCGGAAACUGAAGGAGUUGAAGGGAUCUGUUCAUGGGGGGAUGGAGGAGACAGUUGUGACGAUGGGACAGAAAGAGGUGGAGUGGAUAGUUGCGAACCUUGUAUCCCUCGAGCAGGCAGAUUUCUGUUGUCGACAUCCGAUGGUGAACAAGGAUACGGAGAACUUCCCGUGGUUCAAGUGGUUGAAGAGUCAGAGGCCCAACCUUACCUUGUCGUCUUUGCUCUCGCGGUGA